AUGCGUAUCCCACUGUUGGCUUGUUCCCUGCUUUGCUAUUUUCCGUUGUGCCAGUGGAUGGCCUGGCGAUCUGGGGGCUGUUUUUUCCGCACUUUCGGUGAUGUACCGGGACACAGCGGUUCAGUGGCUGCAAACCACCGUGCGGAAAAAUUAUCAGUGGGGAAGGUAAUGAAUCGUAAAGAUGAGAGAAUGAACGAUCGCAGGUCCAUGUACUGGCCACUGUAUCGAGUAGGCGUAAGGGAGAUACUAAGUGGAAUUAUAAACCCUCUGUGCUGUUUUGGGGGGGUCCUUGUUCAGACUUUUCUUUUUUUCUUCUGUCUCUGUCUCUCUCUGUCUCGGUGA